UCUAUGGAACCCUUCAAUUGGUAAAUUCAAGAUGCUCCCAACAUCCCAGAUCGAAAGUUGUCCUAUUGAUAAGGCUCUCGGAUUUGGCUUUGUUCCUCAUUAAUGAUUACAAGGUGGUGCGACUUGUAUACGGAUUAGAAUCUAUUCAACCUGAGGUUGAGGUUUACAGUUUGAGUACAGAUUCUUGGAGGAAGAUGACUACCAAUUUCAAGGACUGUAGGGUAGUCCAUCCCUCCUCCAGUCCCUUAGUUAAUGGGGCUGUCCAUUGGAAAGCAUACAACUGGGGCAGGGGUAGUGAAAGUAGUGAUAGACAACAAUGGUUCAUCAUGUCAUUCCAUAUGAUGGACGAGAUAUUUCAAGAAAUAAGUUUGCCUGUUGCCAUUAAUUUUGGAGCAGCGUCCAUCUUGGCCUUCCGGGACUCACUUGCCUUUUUUACGUGCUCGGACAUAUGGGUUAUGACAGAUUAUGGUGUUGUAGAUUCUUGGACUAAACAAUAUACCUUAAGAGACACAAUUGAAUUUUCCUUUGGGCUCAUGAGCAAUGGUGAAGUUCUUCUGAUAAAGUCCAAUGGCAAUUUGGUUUAUUAUGAUCUUAAAAUCCAUAAGCAUCGGAAACUUAAAGGCCAACCAUUUGCUCGUGUUCAUGGUAUGUUUAUUUAUAAGGAGAGCCUUGCUUUACUUAACGAAGGAGUAGCAAUUCACAUUCAAAGUGAUCAGGUUGCAGAAGUGAGAGCCUAGCCUAGCCAAGCCCUCUGAAUCAUGAGAUGAAGGAGAAGUAAUUAACCUUUAUCUAGAGCUUAUUUCUCACUCUCAAAAUCUGUCACCGAAUAACUUAUUUUUAUUUCUAAUUUGUUCGUAGAAAAAAAAUUUUAAGAUGCGAUUUGUGAACAUUGAAUUGCCAAAUUAUAGUCUAUUCUUGGUA